UUUGAGUGUAACUGUGUGAGGUACUGCAUGAUGUUCCUGACACACUGUAUGAUGGGAUUGACUUUGUUGACAGUCCUCAGCCUCUGCCUGCCUGUGUGGAGUGCUUUGAAGGUGAUCCAGCCCUACAAAGUGGUGACCGACAGUGGUACAGCACUGGUCCGGUGCUUCAUCCAGCCCCAACCCUCCAAUGACCAAAGCCCUCCAUACCCUUACUUCGAACCCGAGGAAGUCCGUUUGACUCUACUGAAAGGCCUCCACGGCACCGAGGAACUCUGCUCGUCCAUCUACAACUUCACACAGGACAGAGUGACAGGUGUGGUGAAGGACAGAGAGAUGCAGUGCUCCGCUAAGAUGAGGGAGGGUGCUGUGGAAGUGACAGUGUCUGGACUGAAAUCCACAGACACAGAUUUGUAUCGCUGCGAGAUAGAGGUUUUCUACCCACCACCUUACCUGCGGCUCACUGGCAACGGCACGCUCAUUCAUGUCUUAGGCAGCUCUGACUGUUCUGUGCAGGGGGCUCGGAUAGGGAUUGCAAACCGGAGUGAUGAAGAAGAGGACGACGAGGGUGAUGAGAGGACGGCAACAGCAAGUAUUCCCAUGGUCGUACUGGUGAUGCUGGUCACAUUUGUCCUCAUCGUCAUUAUCUACUUCCAGACUCGCCAGUGUCAACGAGGGGAGAGGGAGAUUGUCCGACAAGUGCCUGGUGGGGCUUACAAGGUGGAUGCUGUUCCAUUUACGUGUGAAAACAUGGCAUGAAAAAAAAACAACCUACAAAUGCAGAGGCCAAAGCAGCAUUGUUUCUGCCCUGAAGCAUUAGAAUACCAUAGAUUUUGAAUGUAAAGUUAAAGGAAUAUAGUGGUCAGUAUUGGCCAUUUAUUAAAUAU